AUGGCAUCGACGUUCAGUUUUGGCUUUUCUGGGGACGAUAUCGAUAUUGAUGAGUCGGAGUUCAAUUCUACGGAGAACGUAUCACUUCCCCAGGGAAAUGACGAUGCACUUCCUUCGCUUGUGGGAGCCAGAAAGCAUGAUAUGAAAGAUUGGGAGAGAGGGCGUUUGCAAACUUUCCAGUUGUCUUCUUUUGUUUCGUUCUUGCGAUUUCCCAGCAAACACGUAACCAUUGUGCAGACUUCAAGCCUUCCGUCUCAAAUUGCAUACAAUCUCUUGGAAUUGAACGGACUAGAAAACCAGGCCGCAGGAACAGUGCCUGAAGUGCCUCCGAUUGCUCGUCGUGAAGUAUUUGACGUUCGGACUCAACUGAUGGCAGAGGAUACUGCAGACCAUGAAAACGAGGAACUGAUCGCCGGGCUUGAAAAAGGAGACAUAAAACCACAAUUUUAUGAAGGUGGCUUCAAGACCUGGGAAUGUGCUCUGGACUUGGCGAAAUCAGCUGUCAGCGAGGAUGAACUAUUUUGCAAUGAUGAGAACCAAACAGGAGUCCAACAUAUCCUCGAACUUGGUGCUGGAACCGCAGUACCUUCACUAGCUCUUUUCGCGCAACUGAUCUCCCAAGAAAAUCCAGAGUCUCAAAGGAAAUACCACUUUACAUUUGCAGAUUACAACUCCGAAGUUCUCCGCCUGGUCACACUGCCGAAUCUGCUCCUGACUUGGAACUAUGUCGUCACGCGCCAGCAUGUCCUGUCGACCAAUAGCUCUCCAGAGCACCAAGCCCAGGACGAGGAGCUAGACAUCACACCGGAGUUGGUCGAUAACUUUGAGAAAGACCUUGUACGACGAGGAAUCACGGUCGAGUUUAUUUCUGGCGCCUGGUCCCCAACAUUUGUUGACCUCGUGUUGUCAUCCCCGGGCAGAAUUUCAACCAAGACCUUGAUACUUGCCAGCGAGACAAUCUACUCGCCAGCAUCAUUAUGUGCAUUCUCUGAGACACUGUCGACGUUAUUACGUGCUGCUGAGGGAAGCGGGCAACGUAGAGCAUUGAUAGCAGCCAAGAAAGUCUAUUUUGGAGUUGGAGGUGGUGUGGACGAGUUUUUGGCAGUGUUAGAAAAGGUUAGUCGGGGAUCUAUGGAUGUGAAAGAAAAGUUGAAUAUCAACUCAGAAGGAGUUGGACGGGUAAUCUUGGAGAUCACAGCAAGGAGCUCCCAGCAGCAAGACCAACAACAUUAA